AUGAUGGAUAUGUCUGCCCUCCCGUCGAAUGGCUCAGAAGCUACAGCCAACACCAGAGUAAUGGAACAUUCGCACAACUCUGAAGAAAAGUGCAACCCUUUCCACCAGCUUGCACACACACAACAUAAAGAAGCCAACAAAAUAGAGUGCUCCGGAGUUUACAGCACAAACUGCAAGGACUGUGAAGAAAAAUACUUGGGAGAGACGGAAAGGACAUUCUGCGAAUAUGCAUAA